AUGGAUUUGAAUUUCUCUCCUUCGAUCAACAACAACACAAUCCCCGUGAAUGGAACAAUCCCUGUUUCUUCCACCUUCGCCACAGCCACCACCCCUUUCGAAAACCCUCCCCCGUCCAACGACUCCGGUGACCGGAAACACAUAGCUUUAUGGCCGGGGAUGUACCAUUCUCCGGUCACCACUGCUCUUUGGGAAGCAAGGACCAAAACCUUCGAGAGACUUCUUGACCCACCAAGAGAUGCUCCUCCACAAAGUGAAUUGGUUACCAGAACACCCUCACAGAGUAGGACCAGUAUUCUGUACAAUUUUUCCUCUGAUUUUGUUCUUAGAGAACAGUAUAGAGAUCCUUGGAAUGAUGUCAGAAUUGGCAAGUUGCUUGAAGAUCUUGAUGCCUUGGCUGGAACCAUUUCUGUUAAGCAUUGUUCUGAUGAAGAUAGUACAACAAGGCCACUUAUACUUGUGACUGCUUCGGUUGAUAAGAUUGUACUAAAGAAACCAAUUAGUGUCAACAUUGAUCUUACAAUUGUUGGUUCUGUUAUAUGGGUUGGACGCUCCUCGAUAGAAAUUCAACUCGAGGUUACUCAAUCAAAACAAGAGGACGGUGAUUCAGACGCGGUAGUACUAACAGCAAACUUCAUAUUCGUUGCUCGAGACUCAAAAACUGGGAAGGCUGCACCUGUGAAUCGGCUUUCACCAGAAACUGCUCGCGAGAAACUUCUUUUUGAACAAGCUGAAGCAAGAAACAGUUUGAAAAAAAGGAAAAGAGGAGGAGAAAAGAAAGAUCAUGAGAGUGGGGAAGAAAAAAAACUUAAAGAUCUAUUGGCUGAGGGAAGAAUUUUCUGUGACAUGCCAGCUUUAGCCGACCGAGACAGCAUUCUUCUAAGGGAUACCAGCCUUGAGAAUUCCUUAAUAUGCCAGCCACAGCAGAGGAACAUCCAUGGUAGAAUAUUCGGAGGUUUCUUGAUGAAUCGUGCGUUUGAAUUGGCUUUCUCAACAGCUUAUGCCUUUGCUGGAUUAGUUCCGUACUUUCUAGAAGUUGAUCAUGUUGAUUUCCUCAGACCUGUUGACGUGGGCGAUUUCUUGCGUCUCAAAUCCUGCGUUCUGUACACUGAACGUCACGAUCCUGAUCAGCCACUUAUCAAUGUUGAAGUUGUUGCUCACGUUACAAGACCCGAGCUACGAUCUAGCGAGGUAUCAAACACUUUCCAUUUCAGUUUCACCGUCCGUCCAGAGGCAAAGGCUAUGAAAAAUGGAUUCAAACUUCGAAAUGUAGUACCGGCAACAGAAGAAGAAGCGCGCCGGAUAUUAGAGCGUAUAGACGCCGACAACUUGAAUGAAUUCUUCAGAACAUAA